AUGGCUCCCCACAAUCGGAUUCUGCAGCUUCUAGAACGCUAUCCCUGCGAGUAUGAGGAGGCUGGAGAUGUUAAUGUCUUUAUCGUUUCGGCAGUGGUUUGUCGCAUGAAGAGCUGGAUUGACAUUGGGAAUGUUAGGAACCCUAAGAAGAGUGGUGAGUCUGUUGAAGCGGGUGGCAGCUGCCAGCAGGACUCUGUGGUAUCUGGACAUCAGGGGAACCAUGUAACUACUGCAUACAUUUUGCAAGAUGCUUCAGAAGUCAGUGUUCCUGCAGCUGAAUUAGAAAUGGAGAGGCUCAAGCCAAUGGACGAGUUAGUUGAGCUGUGUUUGCGUGGCUUGUCCUCAAUGCCGAUACUACCUUCUUUGUCAAGGCUGCGAAAGUUGACAAACUGA